AAUGCAUGCUAGUUUCGUGGUCACCUAUCGCGGUCAAAAGUUAUAACAUAUUCUCGUGGUUUUCACCAUCUCGUGGACAAUUUCUUUAUUUCGUGGUCAGCUACUAGUUUCGAGGACAAACGCUUUUAACGUAUUCAGUUCGGGGACGCAGGGUGUACUAGUAUCGAGGACACAGAGUGCAAGGGCACUCCGAACGAGGACAACAGAAGGUGCAAGGGCACCGAAAUGAAGUUCGAGGACACAAAACAGCUCUUCCCCUCCUGGCCAGGACGACCAUAGGUUUUGUACUUCUUUUACCUUUUCGCUACCAUGCUCAAGCCUAUUUUUGGGAAGGGGGGUGUAACAAUUGUGGUGUUGGUGGGGUGCACACCACCAGCGCCACAAAUUGGCACGCCUGCGCCUGUAUAUCGUAGAUUUUACAGCCUUAGCGCUUCAGGGUCGUACUUAGCUGGUUAAGGUCGUGAAUAUCGCUAGAGUCGUGGGCCAGGAGUGGGGGGAGAGAAUCGAGAGGGAUUCGUGUACUCUGCUCGUGUUUCGAGGAUAUCCGCAUGCUAUGGCGGACGUGGACUGACAAUGCGCAUCUUCCUUUGCUGUUUUAGGUUGGUUCUACUAUCUCGAGUUCCGGACGAAGGUCGUCUGGUGGUUCUGCCGCAUCUGGGAAGCGUGUUCCUAGUGCGUUGCUAAGAUAGUUCGAUGCUAUUUAACAAUUGGCGUUUCCUUGUAUACUUUUCAUAUUUCUGAUUAGAUUAACCACAUUAAUUGGAAUCUACCAUAAAAAUAAAAUUUUGAAAAAAAUGAAAAAGUAACAAAUUCUGUAAAUAUAGUGAUGCAA